CUCGCUUGGAACCCCGGCUGAGUAGGUGCUAAAAUGGGACCUGCUAGCAGAGCAGCGAUGAUCAAACCAGCUCUUCUAUUUGGAUGCCUUUUCCUGCUGUCCAGCCUGUCUCUGUGUGAAGGUCAGUCUCAGCUGAUUGGUCCUUCUCAGCCAAUAGUGGCGAUAGUUGGUGGUCACAUCUUUUUGCCGAGCCACCUGGAACCUGCUGUGGACGCUGUUGGCAGGACAGUGGAGUGGACGAGACCCGACCUGGACCACAGAUUUGUCCAUGUGUGGCGACGUGACGGCGUGGAGGUUGUGUCUAAAAAACACCUGUCCUAUGAGGGAAGAACGUCUCUGUUCCUGCACAAACUGAUGAACGGAGACGUUUCACUGAAACUCUCUGAAGUGAAACUCUCUGAUGAAGGAAAAUAUCAAUGCUUCAUUCCUUCACUGGACAGAGAAUCUAUAGUUGAGCUUGUUGUUGGGGAAGUGUCUCAGCCUGAAAUCUCAAUCACCGCUGAAAGUGGCAGUGAUGGAGAGACCCUACAGUGUGAGGUUUGCUGGUUGCCAAAGCCUGAGGUCGAGUGGCUGGAUGACCAGGGCAAGGUCAUCAAAGGCAGAGACUCAACUCUGAGAAACCCUGAUGUCAACCAGUGCUAUACAGUGACGAGCACAGUGAAGGUCCAGAACACCGACAGCAGCAGAAAGUUCACCGUCAGAAUUCGUCAACCGCAGAUCAACAAGAUCAUGAAGAUCAAUUACCACUUACCAGCUAAAAACACGGCGUCCUGCACAGGAUACAUGGCUGGCAUUAUUUUUUUAUGCCUUUCAUCACUUGCAGUUGCAGUUGGAGUUGGAUUUUUUGUCACAAAGAAAAAGACAAAGGAAGCUGAACGGAGCCAGACACCGACACCGACACCAGCAACAAGCAGGAGGUCCUCCAGUGACAGUGCAGCUAGCACAGAGAAUAACUUGCUGCUUCUGGAUUCAAAAAAGAGGUUGAAAGAGCCGGCUGAACCUGAGUCACAGCCGCGCGUUGAAGGCAACGACCGGAUUCAAAAUCAGCAGCUGAACAGGCAACAGUCUGUCAUCACCAAGGCCCCUGAUUCUGUCCAGCACAUCAGUGGUAAUGGGAAUGCCAGCUCCUCACCGCCAAAUUCCACCAACCGCAGUCCACAUACUGAUGGUGACGCAAAGCCAAGCCUGUCACCCCGUAGGAGCCGCCCAUCCUUCAGCAAAUCUGAAGGAUGGGCAAACCAGAGUGAUGGUCCAAAACAUGGAGUCCCAGUGCAGGACAGCGGUCCUCCACCUUGCAGCCCAAGCCAUGGCAACAGUCCCCGGCACAUCGGCAGUCCUAAACGCAGCACUCCUGAUCUCUCUAAAGCAGCUGCAGGAUCGACCACUUCACUUUUCAACAAUCCUUUGGCGCAGAAAUCCAGUUUCCCUGUUCGUUCCAAUAGUUGCUCUCUCCCUGUGCGUGGUCCUAACACUUCCCUGCGUGGGAAAAAGAGUCCUUCAUUUAGAGCAGACCAAAAUCGCUACAGUGCCCUGGCUGAGUUCGACCAAGAGUAG